CCCACAAAUUCACACAACGCCAGUGAUACCUUAGCAGCCUGCCUUCAUCGAGGAAGCCAGAGCCAGGUGUGAGGUACAUGACACACGGGAAGGUUCAUGAUGUAAAAGUACGGGCUAACUUGACGCAGGGUAGCUCCAAUGAACUUAAACCGAUAUGGGUGCCCUUAAGGCACGGUAAUUUCUGGCUUUUAUGUUCUCCCCUCUUCUUGCUUCACAAUUCGGUAGCUCUUUUAUUUAGUCCACCAGUCAACAGCACUAUCAACCCUCAGCACAGCAACCCCAGACACAUAAAGAACAACGACUAGUAGUAGUACCGGUUGACCAUGGCUCCCCCGUUUCCCACGCCAAAGUUCAUCACCGGCGGCUGCGUCUGCAACGCGCUGCGCUACCGAGUCGACUUUCCCCCCGACCACGACUUCGAAACCGCCUGCAGCACAUGCCAAUGCACGCAAUGCCGCAAGCAAACCGGCUCGCUCUUCUUUAUGCACCAAACAGUCACCCCCUUCAGCGCCUUCCAGUGGACGAGCCCGUCCACGGCCACGCUCAAGCGGUUUGAAGCCAGUCCCGAGGCUGAGCGUGUCUUUUGUGGCAACUGUGGAUCCUUCAUCUACUGGAAGGGCAAAGACGGCAGGGACCGCGUGUCGUUUACCAUUGGCACCGUCGACCCGCUCUACCUGUUUGGCGAGGGCGCCGACGGGAAGGAAGUCCCCAAGGAGGGCUUCGGGCUGGCCCUGGCGAAUGGCGGUGGGGAGCAUGGGUGGUGCAGGAAUGAGAUUAAGGGGGUCACGGAUGGGGAGCAGUUGGGGUUUAUGGCGAGAGGGAAGAGGACUGAGGAGUAACAUGGAGUGUUCGUGACGAUGAAGGGCCAGCACUACAGUCUGAGUUGUCCAGAGGGCAGUGUAAAGUGAAGAGAUGUGCUUGCCACAAUAAAAAUGAUCAUGAGAUAAGUCUUGUCGCCAGGUCUUGGGGCUUCCGGCGUGCCCGAGACCGC